CUUUUCUGUGCUGAUCACGAUACUUGUAAGAGAUAUUUGUCAUGGAAGAAGUCGACAGCACGAACGAGAAUUUGCCAGAAACGUACGAUUUUUUACCUGUUGUAUCAAAUGAUGUCGAUAAACUUGCUGAAAAAUUUGUUACAGAAACUGAACAUGAGAAACAGGAAACCAAGCUCACCGGAGGAAUGAAAAGCCGUGGGAAAUACAGAAGCAGGUCUUUAUCAGCUUCUUCAACGGACAGCUUCAGUUCUGCAUCCUACACAGACACCAGCUCUGAUGAAGAGGGCUCGACUCCACGAGAGAAAGUUCAGAAUAAUUCAAAAGGCUUUGAUGAUUUUUGUAUUAAAAACAUUGGUCAAGCUGCCUUUGGUCGCCGGGAGGUAGAAAUUGCUGAACAAGAAAUGCCUGGAAUUAUGGCUCUAAGAAAGAGAGCUGAAAAAGACAAACCAUUAAAAGGAGCCAGAAUCGUCGGGUGUACUCACGUGAAUGCUCAAACAGCUAAUGAAGUUGCAGCAGCUUUAGCAGAAGCUGGCAUUUCUGUGUUUGCCUGGAAAGGAGAGACAGAAGAAGACUUCUGGUGGUGCAUUGACCGUUGUGUUAAUGCAGAAAAUUGGCAACCAAACAUGAUUUUAGAUGAUGGAGGUGAUGCCACGCACUUGAUGUUAAGAAAAUAUCCUACAUUGUUCAAAAUGAUCAACGGUAUUGUGGAAGAAAGUGUUACAGGAGUCCAUAGACUGUACCAGCUUUCUAAAGCUGGAAAACUAACCAUCCCAGCCAUCAAUGUCAACGACUCUGUAACAAAGACAAAAUUUGACAACCUCUACAGUUGCAGAGAGAGCAUUCUUGAUGCAUUGAAACGCUCUACGGAUGUCAUGUUUGGAGGCAAACAAGUGUUGGUCUGUGGAUAUGGUGAGGUUGGUAAAGGGUGUUGUUCAGCCCUGAAAGGAAUGGGUUCCAUAGUUUAUGUUACUGAAAUUGAUCCAAUCUGUGCUCUUCAAGCUUGCAUGGAUGGUUUUCGAGUUGUGAAGACCAAUGAAAUUAUUCGAAAUAUUGACAUUUUGAUCACAGCAACAGGUAACAAAAACGUUGUCACCAGAGAGCAUAUGGAUAAAAUGAAAAAUGGUUGCAUCAUCUGUAACAUGGGACAUUCAAACACAGAAAUAGAUGUGCAAAGCCUCCGCACACCUAAUUUGACAUGGGAGAAAGUUCGUUCCCAAGUAGACCAUGUCAUCUGGCCUGAUGGAAAAAGGAUUGUUUUGAUAGCCGAGGUUUAGUAACUUGUUUCUAAGUUCUGAUAGACUUUUGGACUACUAUAUGAAUGAACAUUGUCUUCUAAAAUAAUUGAUUCUCAUUUUGAUUCAGAGAUUUGAAUUUGCACGUGUUUGGUCAGUCGUUUUUAGUAUGUGAACAGAUCAAAAUUUCUGUUUUGUUCUUUACAUUUUCACAAUUGAAGAUGUAGUGAUAGUGCACUUCUGGUUAAAUGCUGGUUUUCUUAGUGUAACAGCAAGAGCAUUCUAAGUUACAAUUUUUCCUGGGAAUGGUGGAUGAUGCAAAAAAAAACUGAUAGUAUGCACAACAAAUUCAUUUAGACGGUGGUAUAUUACAGGAGAUAUUUUAAUGUUUAUCACUGUCGAGUUGGUUAAUGUAUUUCUCCAGUUUUUAAAUGUUUAAAGUUUACUGUUGAAGAUGAACAGAAUUACAAACUCCGGUUGUUAGAUGUACAUAUCUUAAACAACCAGGGUAUACUCACCACAUCAUAAAUCCAUGUUCACUGACUGUUAUUCACAUCUUGAAAGUUUCACUUUUUUGAUCUUUAAUUUAAAGAAAAUCUAAUUAAAACCCUGCUAUACAGAAAAUUUGAAAUAUCAGGAAAUCAAAACGUUUUUUGAAGAAGAAAUUGAGAAUAUUAAUGUUUAGAAGAAAUUGCUUUCUGUUAUCUUUUCUGAAUUAAAUAAUCCACACCAAUACUCCAUCAGUUGUUAGGUUUAAUGUUCCAAAGAAAAAAUCUUGCUUUUGUCAUACACUUUAUAGGCAUUCUUUCAUACAUGAUUAAAAAUAAAAUUAUCAAACAGUCAUAUCCACAAGUUAAUGUAAGAAAUGUCUUUAAAACAGCCUAGAUUUAAAGGUUUCUUCAACUUUUAAAAACAAUAACAUUUAUUGCAUACUUCACUUUAGGAUAUAUGAGUUCACAUGCCCGAAAUACAACCAGGGAUAUAUUAGAUCAACCACUGGAAUACUGUAAUGUUAGAACCUACAAAACCAUUAGUAUUGCUAAUCACUAAAUAAAUGUGAUGAGGUGCUUAUCUCCAGUUUUGUCCACAUCAUUAUUCGUUCCCAGGAAGAAUUCCGCCUCAGGAUACUAGAAUAUCUUGCCAUUAAACUAAGAAAACCAGAAGAUGAGCGUACUACCAGUACAUCUUCAUUUGUGAGAAUGUAAAGAAAAGAACAUGAAGUUAAGUCAUUGAAUAUAAGGUAGACUUAAGAACUAUGU